GGCCCUCGUGCUGCUAGGCUCACGUUACUAGGGGGUGUAUUCCGGUGUAUUGUGGCGCGCGCCUGCUGCUGCUGCUGCUGCUGCCGCCGCUGACUCACGUGUUGCGUCAGGACGCACGACGCGCUCCCGGUGCGGUCGUACGCUCGCUUCCUGCUUCACAUGGGCGUCGGCUGAAUGAUGCCCUGCGACCCCCUGAUGAAGCCAAAACUAGGCUUCUCCAUCGAAUCUCUGGUGGGCGGCAAGAUAGGCUCAGAGGGCCGCGGGUCGCCGCCGCUCGCCGACACCUGCAGCGACCGCGGCCUGUCGCCGCCCAUUUCCAUGCCGCCCUCGUCGCUCUCCCCAGGCCCGCCCGCCUUCAGCGACCUCAGGGCGCCGCUGGCUAUGAGGGCGCUCUUCGACGACAACAAACCGCUCCCCAUUCAGCGCCCGCAACCCAUUAACGGCGCCGCCCACCGGGCGUCGCAGGAGGUGAAUCUGCCGCCCUCGCUGCUCGCGGCAGCUAAACUGCCCACGGGACUACAUCCGGCUCUCCUGCCGCACCACCUCAAUCUGGCCCUACCGCAGCUGCAGGGGCUUCACGGGGGCUUCCCGCCGCAGCUUAACCCACUGAUGAUGGGUGCCGGCGCCCCCGGCCUGGCCGCCCACCUGCCCCGGGAGUACCCGCUCUACCCGUGGCUACUGUCGCGGCAUGGCCGUGUCUUCCCUCACGGACUCCCCAGCAGGUUAAAGUGUGGUUCCAGAACAGAAGGACGAAAGAAAAGAGAAUCCAGCAAGAAGACGAAGGAGAUGGAGGAGGGGAAGGAGGAACAAGCAAUGGAGAAGGAGGGGGUGCAGGAGGAAGAGGAGGAGGAGGUGGAGCAACAGCAUCAGGAGGAGGGAGUGCGCCUUCAGAUAAGUGCUCCUCGUCCGCGACUUCUCCCGACAGAUCCUCCAAGCCCAUGAUGGAGGAGGAGGACGACUUGGACGACGAGAUCCUCGAAGACGACUCUGAGAGCGAGAGUGUAGGCGUGGGCGGUGGGCGUGUGGAGCUGACGACGGGCUGAGAAGCCAGAAGCUACCUCACCACGCCCACGCCUCCGCACGCCCCCCUCUCCACGCCACGUCGGCCACCACUACACAAUCUCCAGAACUCUCGGCGGUGUGCACGAAGCCGCCUGUACACAUAGUUGGGUGUACUUUGGGGGUACACAUCGAGUGUAUGUGUGCUGAGUACACGGCCGGUACACCCAGUGUCAUACGCUCGUCAGGAAGUGUAAACAGUGUCAUUAGUGUGGGAUAGUUCACGGGGCAUAAGGCUGAAAUUGAACUGAAUCAGCUACUCGCGAACAGUUAGGACUGUCCGAUGAUACCUUCUAAAGGAUUCAUAUAUAUAUGUAUAUAUAUAUAUA